AUGGCCGGUAUCGAGAAUGGCAUCCUUUUUUCCAUGGAGAGGAUGGAUAAGAUUGACCUUGCCGCUUCCAAAGAAGUUGCGAGCCUCGGUCCAGGCAAUGACUGGGGAAGAGUCUUUGGAACACUGGAGAACGAAGGUGUUGCUGUGACUGGAGGAACGCUUGCGGUGGUUGGCGUGCCGGGCUUGCUCACAGUUAAUGACCUCUCCCACUUUAUCAGCAGCCGCGGGUUCUCCAGCGCCGACAUUAUCAACUUCCAGAUCGUGCUGGCUGGCGGCAACAUUGUUAAUGCCAACGCGACAUCGAACGCUGAUCUGUGGUGGGCUCUCAAGGGUGGAAGUAACAACUUUGGUAUUGUCACGCGCUUUGAUAUGGCGACAUUUCCUCUCCCGAAUGGCAUCUGGUCUGGCACGCUAUCUUACGACAUGAGUCAGGCUAAGGACGUUGCCGAAGCCCUCUACGAGCUUCAGACCGGCCCGCUCCUCGAGGACCCUCACAUUGAUGUCCCGUACAUGGAGAUGAUCAUUCCAAGUAUCGGCCUCGCCAGGGUUGAUGCCGCACCUUUUACCGACAUGGUCAACUUCACUGGAUGCUACCCCAGUGCCAUAAAGCCCCUAUACAGUGUUGGGCCACAGUCGGUGACGGCUUCGCGGAAGACUCUCACACAGAACACAGCCGAGGGAGUGACCUCUAUCAUGGAAGUCUAUACUAAACGCAUUAACCGGGCGAACCUCAACGUGAAGGCUAGCAAGGGGUUAUACAGCGAGAUGGCCGGCAUGCUCUUCAAACACUACAACUCCAGCACCAUCGCGGGACACACAAUCGGCGUGUCGUGGAACCCGAUAACGCCGCAUGUCGUGCGCGAAACCAACAGGAAGGGCGGCGUCGCCAGCGGCUGGCAAGAAUUCAAUCAAAACUCCAUCAAUCUGAGGGUAAACUGGGACAACCCCGCGGACGAUUCUGCAGCCAUUGCAAUGGACAACGCCUUCAUGGAGAAGCUCACCGAGGUGGCUCGUAAAUGGGAUGCACUGAUGCCGAACCAAUGGGCCAACAACGCUGCGGAGCAUGUGGACGUGAUGAGAAGUUACGGAGACGAUGAUUUCAACAGACUCAGGCAGGUUUCGCGCAAGUACGACGGGAACCAGACCUUCCAGAGGCUCUGCUCGGGCGGGUACAAGCUGUGGUAA